GGUUUACGUGAUGACGUCGUGUUGCAGGCUCAGCGACGAUGGCAGCCGUGGGUUGACACCGACACAGCACCGCAUAUAAACUAUCUAAAAGUUAGCGGAGAGCCCCCCGACACAGUGACGUAAAUCAAACUGACGCUCUUGAGAUAGCACGCGUUCAAAGCACACACCGCCCGGCGUGGGGAACGUGGCACUAUGCCCGCGGCCACUGUGGAUCACAGCCAAAGAAUAUGUGAGGUUUGGGCCAACAACCUGGAGGAGGAGCUGAAGAGGAUCCGACAUGUCAUCCGAAAGUACAACUACAUCGCUAUGGACACCGAGUUUCCGGGUGUAGUAGCCAGACCCAUCGGGGAGUUCAGAAGCAAUGCCGACUAUCAGUACCAGUUGCUGCGCUGCAACGUGGACCUGCUCAAGAUAAUCCAGCUGGGCCUCACGUUCAUGAACGAGCAAGGGGAGUAUCCUCCAGGAACGUCCACAUGGCAGUUCAACUUUAAGUUCAACCUCACAGAAGACAUGUAUGCACAGGACUCCAUUGAGCUUCUGACCACUUCAGGGAUUCAGUUCAAGAAGCACGAAGAUGAAGGUAUCGAGACACUGUAUUUUGCAGAGCUGCUGAUGACAUCAGGAGUGGUUCUCUGUGAUGGCGUUAAGUGGCUGUCUUUUCACAGUGGCUAUGACUUUGGAUAUCUGAUCAAGAUUCUGUCCAACGCUAACCUGCCUGAGGAGGAGGUGGACUUCUUUGAGAUUCUUCGCUUGUACUUUCCAGUAAUUUAUGAUGUCAAGUACCUCAUGAAGAGCUGUAAAAACCUGAAGGGCGGAUUGCAGGAAGUAGCCGAGCAGCUGGAGCUGGAGCGGAUUGGACCACAGCACCAGGCCGGCUCCGACUCUUUACUCACAGGCAUGGCUUUCUUCAAGAUGAGAGAGAUGUUCUUCGAGGAUCAUAUUGAUGAUGCAAAGUACUGUGGUCACUUGUACGGGCUCGGCUCGGGCUCUGCCUACGUCCAGAACGGAACGGGAAACGCUUACGAAGAGGAGGCCAACAAGCAGCAGUCGUGACAUCACUGUGAAACUCCCUCGACCUGCUGCUCACACCCACAAUCAGCGCAGCGCUGAGGCAGCGCUUCAGCAGCUGGAUGAUGAUAACAGGAAACAUAUACACGUCAUUUAGCAAACUGAUGUCCAUAGGCUCUGCUCACCUUAACCGGCCCAAUGUGAUGCUCUCGCACGCUGCCGCCGCUGCGAGAGUCUGGUCGGCUCUGUUCAAUUUAACAUGUGUGAAAAGUUGGGAUUUUAGUUUUCCUAAAAAAAUGUUCUGUAGAAAUGUUUUGCACUUUAAAGCUCUAACCUGAUUUUAUAAGGAUAGCUGAGAACGUUUCUGGUGUCUCCUGUUUGUUGCCUUCUCUAUGUUCCCAUUUUACGUUGUGAACAUGCUGGCGGUCCCGACUGCUCUCACCACGCUCAGCCUUAAAAUCAGCUGCAUUCUUCUCUUUUAAACUCCUUAAUUUAUUGAGCUGCUCAGACGCCGUUCGUUGCUCAUAUGUCAAUACGCUCUCUGGAUGGAGCCCUCAGUGAGUGUGUUGAGCUGCACAUGAAUAUCUCACUAAAGUAUUUUUCUUUAGUUCAUAAUAAUGUUUAUAAUAUAAAUAAGCUCUAGUCUCACUGUGACAAGCCUUGAACUGACAGGAUGGGCUUAUACUGAUACAACACUGUUUCCUCUGUGCUCUUAGUUGAAGUUUUGUAUUCAUUUUAAUGCUCCAAAUACUUUAUACAGUGGUACAACAGUAGUGUACACAAUGCUCCAUUGGAUGAAUGUGGGCAGUUUGUGCAUGUUAGCACCCUCAUUGACGCAAACAUGGACAGAUGCAUCACGUCUCUAAGGCUUGGACUGAUUUCAACCCACGUAUUCAUGGCUGUGUUAGUACUCCGUUGAGAGUAUGUUUUCAUUUUAACUUUUCAAUUCAAGUUUUGUAGCGUUUUAGUGUUGUAAUAAAAGAAGAGGAAGAUUUUACUCACUGGCAAAAAAAGUAACUGAUUUCAUUUAAUAUAACACUUAUUUGUUGUUUUAUUUUGAAAGGGUGUUUGUUCCCAGUUCAUUCAUGCUGCUUAGAAGAGAAGUGUACUAAAAAGUUUGAAUAAAUGCUGUGUUCAGUAGCAGGUUUUGUGUUGAAGUGUAGGUUCUCUCCUUUUCUCCCAAACUGUAAAUGAGGAAUAUGCAAUAGAAGACGGGGAUCAUUUGGGAAAUAAAGGCUUGUUUUUUCUACUA